AAUGCGUGGGGGUGGGGGGAGAUGCUAGGAAAUGCAAUCCAUAUGGUGACACUAUAAAACCUAGCACAUCCAUAUCCAUAGUCCAAGACCAUCGCUGCACGCUUCAAUAAACCAUCAAGUCAAUAACUCUCGAUUCAUUCACGGAGGCCAGGGUGGUCCACACAACAGAAGAAUUUUCCAAAGAACAAGGUGACCAGGACCGGGUGAUUAUAAAGGGAGGUCCUGCUGGAUUUGAUAUGAAGGUCUUGUGUCAUGUAAUAUUCCUGCUCAUGCUAGGAGGCGUUUUUUGCCAGAACAACCGAAAUGCCAAACCAAGCGGCAGAGCAGUUAAAAAACCCAGCAGUACAUCUGCAGAAAUCGGCCUAGACGAUGACAUUGCUGCGAGUUCUGGUACACGUGUAGGGACUCAGCAGGCAGCAUCCGCGAACAAGCCGGCCGAUGACAUGAAGCUGCACCUCCUGAAGAACACACCGGCUACGUGCAACGAUGGCACUGCGGCUGGGUUUUACCUAAAGGAGUUCAAAGGAAGCAAGAGGUGGCUGAUAUUUUUGGAGGGUGGGUGGUGCUGUUACAACAAAGAGACCUGUGAUUCCAGAUAUAAAAAUAUCCCUCGCUUGAUGAGCUCAACCGACUGGCCUCAGACACGCAAAGGAACUGGAAUCCUGUCUCCACAGGCUGAUGAGAAUCCACACUGGUACAAUGCCAACAUUGUGUUUGUCCCCUAUUGUUCUAGCGAUGUGUGGAGUGGGAACAAACCAGCAGCAAAGACUAAACAAGCAAAAGAAACAGAGUACUCCUUCAUGGGAUCUGUGAUCAUUCGGGAGCUGAUCAAAGAUCUUGCAGCAAGAGGACUGAAACAGGCCAAGGUGGUGAUGCUGGCUGGAACGAGUGCUGGAGGUACAGGUGUGUUGCUGAACAUUGAGAAGGUGGCUAGUCAGCUAGAGCAACUUGGUGCAGAUGUGCAGGUUCGAGGCUUGGUCGAUUCCGGAUGGUUUCUGGAGAGCAAGCAGCAAAAGGCUCAAGAGUGUCCAGACAGUCUCUCUUGCACUCCAGUUGAUGCGAUCAAGAAAGGGUUACGAAUGUGGAGUGGAGUUAUCCCUGAAAAGUGUAAACAGCAUUACAAGCGAGGAGAGGAGUGGCAGUGCUUUUUCGGACACAAGCUGUACUCUUUCCUGAGCUCGCCAUUGUUUGUGGUUCAGUGGCUCUUCGAUGAGGAACAGUUGCGCCUGGAGAACAUUUACAUGGGCGCACAAUCCCUUUCCGAGCAGCAAUGGACCUACAUGCAGAAUCUCGGGAAAGAACUGAAAAACUCCCUUAAAGAUGUGACCGCUGUGUUUGCCCCAUCCUGCCUGUCCCACACUCUGAUCACUAAAAGUAACUGGUUGGACUUCCAAGUGAAGGGCACGUCUCUUAGCCGUGCUCUUCAGUGCUGGGACAAAAGUCUUCAAGAGGCCAAUAAAAACAACAAGACACCACUCAAAGGCUGCCCCUUCCACCUGAUCGACACGUGCCAGUGGCCGCAGUGCAACCCGACUUGUCCCGCGCUGAUCGACCAGGCCACGCAGCAAGAGAUGACCCUGCUCCAGGUCCUGGCUAGCAUGGGAGUGGACCUGCAGAAACUUGGUCUGGACACGCGGCGCGACAGCGGCGCAUUCUCCAGCAUGAUCAGCAACGGUGGCUAAGCAAUGAUAGUUGAUAAUGUGAUAGGAGAGUUUGCUCAGUGGCGACCUUUAGAGUCACUCUUUUGUGUUCUUCCAAAAAGGUUGAGAAUGACUUUGAGUAUGUUUCUGGAUUUCUGUGCCAAAUGUGUGCAAGUAGGAUGGAUUUUUGGACGUGAAGCAUGAUGUAAUGAUUAUGUAUCUAGACACAGUUAAUCCAUAGUUAAUCUGCAACUUGUGUAUGAGGAAAUUAGAUUGAUGGGUCAUUUAAAAAAAAUAUUAUUAUUAUUAUUAUUAUUUCACCCAAACUGCUUUAUUCAAUCAAGACAUCUUCGUACAGGAAAUGCCUCGCAUCAAGGGGAAGGACAGCAUGAGGUGGUAAAUCCGGGAAAUUCUAGAGAUCUUUCAGGAUUUGAUUUUAUCAUAUACACUCUUGGAAACACAACUACUCAAUACUGUACCCGAGGUGCAUGACAUGUUCGGGGAUGGGAGCAUAUAUUGGUAGCCUGAUAGUCAAACAGAAACAGCAUACAUAGUUCUUAUCUAUUUAUUAUCUUUUGUCCUAGUUCAGAAGAGUGUAAUAUCUUUUUCAGUUAUGAAUAUUCACUGGUAUUAAAUGCCACAUAGUAAGAUUAUUUAUAUAAUCAUUUCACUUUUCUUGUAUGUACUAAAUAUAAA